GUCCCAAAGUCCCAACUAUCAGUAUAUUCAAUCUUAUCCCUACUAGACCCUUUCUCCCCUUAUAAUUGUAACAAUGGCGAUUUGGAUCACUUCAUAAAAAGAAAAAACCUAUCUUCAAAACCUUUAUUCAUAAAUCUCUUAAAAGGGUCUUUGAGAUUAACGAAAAUGGCGACAAUCUCUCCUUGUUCCUCUCUUUUGUUAUCUGGUUCUACCCAUUUCUAUGGCUUCCAUAAAAUGUAUCUUAAAACUCAUUCCCCCUUUCUUCAUAAGCUCAAGCAGCAUUCAACUCGAUAUCUCGAAGCACAUGGUUGCGGUUUGGCCAUGAAACAAAACCAAAUCAUUCAGAACACCAAGCCAAAUAUCUGUUCUGCUAUGAAUAUGGCCACAGACCAGUCUGGGGAUCCUGAAAAAAUAAAUUUUGAGUAUAUAGUAGACAAGGCAAGAAGAUUAUGGGAUAAUUCUCCUCAGCCAGUGAAGAGAUUUCCUUGGAACAGAGCUUUCGAGAACUUUGUUCAACUCAUACUUGAUCUUGUACUGGCAGUGGUCAAAUAUCUAAGUGCACCUGUACUAGCAGUUUCGACCCUUAGUGAGAUGUCCUACUGUGCACAUCAAAGGAAGUUGACAAUCAUCCCUGUUCCCCUACUCAUUGGCUUUGUACUUGCAGGGGUUCUAAAAGAAACUGCCUUGGAACUAUCUCCUCUUCUCAAGGAUGCAGAAGUUCCAUGGCACCUGAUUAUGAUUGCAAUAUUCUUCACAUUGAUCAAGUUGCCAGGCCCAUAUUACCCUUAUUGGGGGCGUAUUUUCAUUCCACACAUUACGAAUGGAGCAUUAUUGAGGAUUCUAGGGUUAAUGUUUUUGUGGUAUAGAAGACCCAAAAUAUCAGGAGCUGAGUUGCCAAAUAGUGUGGCAAAUGGCACCGAUUCUGAAAUUGAAUAAGCAGUAAUCUCAACAGGUUGCAUUUUGUGUCCGAGAAACUGACCGGGAUAUGCUGCUUAGGAAAUUUGUCAGAACUUGAGAAGACUUUGGCUUGGAAACCUAACAGGCUGGUGCUUGGGAUUUUCAGCCUGAAACUUUGAACACCAAAAAUGCCCUUAUCCUGUUUUCCUUUUGUGUGUGUUUUGUUUCAUUCAACCUUGAACUAACAGCUCUGUAGUCUUGUUUUCUGGACAGAAUAUCAUGAGGAUUUGAUCCUAACUGGGGUUAAAAGCUUAUACACAUUGGCAUUACUGAAUUUUUGAAUACAUAAAAUACGCUUUCAUUAUUUGUAGUAAAUACAAAGUUGGUAAUUUUUCUUUCAAAA